UGCUGGGAUGGAUAAGGUCCCUAAACUUGCAUCGCCGACAAGCAGCUGCGACUGGAAGCUUAACGGAGUACGCUGCCUAUCACACUAUCCCAUUUCCGACUUUUCUCAGAUUUUACUCCCAGAUUCGCCUAUUCACCCAACCUUCUCUGGACCGCGAAGCGCAUCUCAAUCUCGGCCUUGCUUCCUUUGUUACGCGACUACUCCUCAAAGGAAACCGAAAGAAUUCAAAGUCUGCCGGGGGUCAACCAUCAACCAAAACAUCGCCACUACACCCAGCACAUAAUCAUGGACUACCAAAACCGCGUCGGCUCCAAGUUCGGCGGCGGCGGCGUCGCCUCCUACUCUGCCACAAAUGCCGACCGCCGCGAGCGCCUCCGCAAGCUCGCCCUCGAGACCAUCGACCUAGACAAAGACCCCUACUUCUUCAAAAACCACGUCGGCACCUUCGAAUGCCGCCUCUGCCUGACCGUGCACCAAAACGACGGCUCCUACCUGGCGCACACCCAGGGGAAGAAGCACCAGACGAACCUCGCCCGGCGCGCCGCCCGCGAGGAAAAGGAAGGCAAGGCCCGCGGCCAGCAGAUCGACCCGGCCACCGGCCUGCCCGUGGGGGUCAUGGGUGCCGGCUUCGGCGGCCCCAAGAAGAACCUCAUCAAGAUCGGCCGCCCGGGCUACAAGAUCACCAAGAUCCGCGACCCGCACACCCGCCAGCAGGGCCUCCUCUUCCAGCUCCAGUACCCGGACAUCCCCCCCGGCGUGGAACCCAAGUGGCAGGUCAUGAACGCCUUCACCCAGCGCGUCGAGGAGCCCGACCGGAAUUUCCAGUACUUGCUCGUCGCCGCCGAGCCGUACGAGACGUGCGGCUUCAAGAUCCCCGCCAGGGAGCUCGACAAGCGCGACGAGAAGCAGUUCUCCUUCUGGGACCCCGACUCCAAGGAGUUUUGGAUCCAGGUCAUGUUCAUGUCCGAACGGGAAGAGCGAUACGUUGCCGCGCCCGGGCUAAGUUCGAGGUGAUGGUAGAGGAUGGGGGGGAGAGAAGAGAAGGGAAAACAAAGAACUACGGAGAACAUCAGAAGGAUGCGUAUCUGGACAUGAGAAACAAAGAAGGAUGCAUCGUAUCUUAUUCCAUCUUUCUGAAAUUCUAGAUUCGGGCAAGCAGAAGACUUGCUCCGUCUUGCUUUUAUCUCUGGCAGUAUGAAGCAGGAGGGGCGUUGACAACGUCUCGAGAAGUGAGACACCCUUUAGAACAGGAAUUCCGCUUGGGGGCGCUUGGAGUUGACGGUUUUGAUGGUUGUUGUCUAGGUUGACAUAUUCUAUACACAAUGCUAUGCUCAUAUCUGCGGUCG